AAUUGGUGUAUCCAAAUUUGCCGUAUUUAAGCAAAUUGAAAAUUUCAAAUAAGUACAUUAAUUAAAUAACAUAUGAAAGCCUUCCUUUUAGUGUGCCUCCUUGCUACAUCAUUGAUGGUUAAUGCAGUUGAAAUUCCUUAAGAUAAAGUCCUCAGCUCACAAUCAGAUUCCCCAAGUUUCCUUCAUGUCCAAUAAGUAUGCCCAUAUUGUUGCAAUGGCACAUGCUGCUCUUCCAUCUCCUCUUGUAAUAGAGGGGUGUGUAAUAAUAUAGUUGCACCUUAUACCUGUGUCUAAGGAUGAUAAUAUAUUCACAUCAUAAUUAAGUCAUACAUUUUAUCAUACA